GUGUGUCAGUCCUAAAGAAUUCAUUUGUGUACCAGAUGAAUGCGGAAAUCCAACGUACGUUAGUGAAGACCCAUUUCCCGUUGAACCAGGAAAAUACCAAUAUUUUAACAGGCUGCUUCAGAGAAUGGACGUAACAGAGUGCAGUGUAAGACAAGUGUGUCCCAAAGUACCUUACCUAGCAUCAGCUCUUGUUAAGAAAAGCGUAGAUUGUCUGGCAAAUCCCAAAAGGACAAAUCGCUGUCUUGACCAAAAUUCGAAAAGCACAGCAGAAAUGCUUCAAUCCACGAAACAGCACCAAACAAGCUCCUUCAAAAAUCUACCACAAGACAGUUGUGGAUCAGGAGCAGCAGUAGGAGUGGUGGUGGCUCUCCUGAUCCUUCUGGCUGUAGUAGUGGUGUUACUAGUGGUGUUCUACAGGAGAAACAUGUUUGGUGUCAGGAAAACAAUGAAGCCAUGGGUUGAUAGUAUCAGAAAUCAUCUUCCAGGGAACAGAGAGCGUGAAAAAAGACUACCUG